UAUAGCAUCGAAGUCGCUAGGGUUCAUUCUCCGCCCUCCCCCUUUCUCUCUCAUCAAAUCCCUUUCUUCCUCUCCGCCAAAUUGAAGCCCCAAAAUCCCUCUCUCUCUCUCUCUCUAGAGGAACAACCAGCAAUCACCAUGACAGGAAAAGCGAAGCCGAAGAAGCACACCGCCAAGGAGCUCGCCGCGAAACUUGAUGCCGCCACCACCAACCGCGGCGGAGGCAAGGCCGGCCUCGCGGAUCGAACUGGUAAGGAAAAGGGCGGCCACGCGAAGCUGGAGUGCCCCCUUUGCAAGGUGACCGCACCCGAUAUGAAAUCGAUGCAAAUCCACCACGAAGCUCGCCAUCCCAAGAUCCCCUUCGACGACUCCAAACUCAAUAAUCUUCACUCUACCGUGGAGGCCGAGUCUUCCAAGCCCAAGCCUGGUAUCCGUGGCAGCUUGAAGAAUUGAAAGACUGCAUCCUUGCAUUGCUGUCGUAAGAAAUCUGGUAGAGUAUGGUUGGACACCUGCUCACCUGGGUGGUUGUUGUUCUGCUAGAUUUCUUUUAGCACAGCUUUCUAUUUGGCUGCAAAAAAUACUAGUAAUGUUAUAUUUUUAUUGCAUCUUUUCUUUUCGUACGUGUUGUAUGGGUACAUCAUCUAUAAUAGGGUAUUUUUGAUGUAAAUGAAGGAAAUCUGAUUUGCUUCAUUAGCAUCUUCAUGUACCUUGGGUCACUGGCUGCCUCAAAGUGUUUGCUUUUUGUAACUAUGGUCAUGACUCAUGAUUUUAUUUGUUCACAUGAAUGAGCUUCUCACUAAGCUCUAUAAAAACACGCAUAGGGAGAGUAAUUUUUAUACUCUCUCAGUGUC